GCAUAUUUUUCCAUCUCUGAUAGAUUUGUUCAUUGCGCAGCCAAUAUAUUCACUUUCUGAAUUCUCUUAAUGUAAUGUCUAUUCCAAACCGAGUUUCACCUUCGGAGUCGCGCAUAGCGCGCCUUAACGAAGCCGUUUUCUCAACCUUAGAACAAGCUACAUCGGAUAAUCUACACGAUGACCCCAAAUACUAUGCCAGAACCCCACGGGAACUACUGAGCACAUCCAACUCACUAGCGUUCGAAACAGGGACCGGAUCCACCAUUUACGAGACUCUCAGACCGCUUUUGGAAUCCGCCAACCACGAACUCAUCCUCGUGACAUGUUUCUGGGCGCAGUCGAAGAGCUUGGACACAAUCAAUGACAUUCUCGUGCAUCUGUCCCAUAAAGGAAUCGAAAAAGGUGUAAGAAUACGUGUGCGGAUAUGCUUUUCGUCACUUUCGAUAUUUCAGAAGCUGUUCCAUACGCAGAAAGUGUCAGGGCAGACGUAUCCCCCAAGCGUAUGGAGAUCGAAGCUUGGACUUCCAAGUCCAGAGAUGCUCACAGGACUUGAUCUGGAAAUCAAGUCCGUUUUCCUUCUACCGUUCAGUGUCAUGCAUCCAAAAUUCAUGAUCGUGGAUCGGCGGAUAGCUGUAAUGCCUUCUUGCAACGUGAGUUGGGAAAAGUGGUUCGAGGGAUAUGUCAAAUUUACAGGGCCUGCUGUCAAUGACCUCUUAAAGUUCUACUCGAAAUUCUGGGAACGAAGAGAGGAGUUACCCCCGCUCGGUGCAGAAGCAGUCGCAGCAGAGACCAGCCACCAUGGAUCUGUUCCUACCUUCCUAUUACCUAGCCCACACCGUCGGAACCCACGUUUCCAGCCUUUUACGUCUACCGAGAACGUACGGGCGCCACACACACCACUGAACGCCUUCAUCCUGACUUUGAUCGAUAAAGCGAACAGCAAGAUCAUUAUCCAAACACCGAAUCUCACAUCCCCACCUGUCCUUUCCGCACUUCUGAAAGCGUUAGCACGAGGCGUCGAUGUGCAAAUCACCACUUCGGAGAACCUCAUGGUGAUAGAACAGCUCGUCACGGCCGGCACCACGACACCACGCUGUGUCAGGAAACUGAGAAAACGGCACAUGAAAUUGGUUUCUGAGUGGGAGAGUCGCGUUGGUACAGGAGACGAAGAGGCCAUCGCAGGCUUGGUCAGGCCUGGCAAUCUGCAACUGUUCUAUUUCAGGCCCAAGAACGGCUUGAAGAGGAAGGGACAAGAGAAUGGGGAGCCUCAACAGAGCCAUUUGAAGAUGAUGGUUGUGGAUGAUGAUGUAGUUGUGCUGGGCUCUGGGAACCUGGACAGGGCGAGCUGGUUCACGAGUCAGGAGCUGGGCAUAGCGUUUUUUGAUCGUAGGUUGGUGGCCAAGGUAAUUCAAGCUGUUGAAGCAAGUAUGAAUGAGCGGCGUGUUAGGGUCACGGCCUCUUGACACGGUUGUGGAUAGGGUUGAACGACCGCGAAUAGAAAAUGUCAGUGAUGUGGAAAGUAGCCGUGUGUCCUAGCG